UUUUUACAACGCUGAAAUGAACCACUGGUGAGAGACUGCUGUUUUUUCAGUAAUCCAACAUCUCUCUUACCCACCCUCUAUACCUUUUAUUCUCCUCUCCUUUCACAUCUCUUCUCUUUCUAUUACCCUCUCUCUCUCUCUUCGCCCCUUCUCUCGGCACUUCUCUGCUUUCAUCACACUCGCUCUCUCAGACUCUGUUUCUCUCUCCUCCAGCACUUGGCACUGCGAUCAUGCCUCAUUCUCCUCUCCUUGCUCUCCCUUGCUCUCCUUCACUCCUCUUCUCUGCCUGUCUUUUUACAUUCCCCCGUUGCUUUAUCAAGCAGGUGUUUCUUUCAAACCUGCACUGUGCCGGCCGAGCUGCAUCCUGCUAGUUUGGGACAAAAAGGGUAAAAAAUCUUCAUUUGACCUCUGCCUUUUUUAGUACUUUCUUCAUUGGAAAACCCGUUUUGGAAGAAAAUGCCUUUUAUGGGUUAAAUUUGGUUUGUCGUAACCUUGCCGUUUUGUGGAUUUCUUACUUCAUGGGAAAGAGUUUGAGACUGUCCUUUCGCUAAGCGUCUGUAGCCGCUCCUGACUGGAAAUCUUAUUGCGGUAGUCAGGGAAACCCCCCGACAUUGGUAUCCUAAGGGGGAGGGGAGACUCACUGAAGCAGAAAACAUAGUAGGAUAAAAAUAGAGGAAAAGAAGAAAACAUAGAAGGAAAAGGAGAAGAAGAACUAGAAGAAGGAGUGGAACGAGAGAGGAACAGAGUAAGAAGUGGAGCAGAAUCAGAAGAAGAAGGAGAUAUUUGUCAUCAGAAACUGGAGCAGAUUAGUGUCCCUAUAGCGGAUAGAGUAAAAGCGAGAGAGAGGAAGGAGAGAGAGAGAAUCACAGUAAGUCACACACAAGCGAUGCUAAAUGCAGCAUGUGCCACUCUCCCGACCCUGUCACUUUAUGAAGAAGACUGUAUGCUCUGAGCACGGGAACGUCCACGACUCUGGACACAGCACAGAUAAGACAGGACAUUACGUGCUUAUCUAAAACCUGCAGCCUCUGAAUCCGCAUCAGCAAGUUCCAGCUCGGACCUUCUGAAGUUUUUGCCACCCUGUCCUCUUCUGCCUCAUUCACAGCUUCUGUGCAGGGACUCAGUCAGUUCCGCUUCUCGCCAUGCAGGUGUCUUUCGCAUGCACAGAUCAUGGGCUCAAGGCACCGCGGAACAAUGAGCCAACCAAGCAAAGCACCGCGAGUCCAAACACGACAAGUGCAGCCAGAGCUCGGUUUCGCACAGUGGCGCUAAUCGCUCGUAGCCUGGGAUCCUUCACUCACCGCCACCACAUCUCAUUGAAGGAGUCCACAGGCAAACUGACUGGCAUGAAGUACAGGAAUCUUGGGAAAUCUGGAUUACGAGUAUCAUGUUUGGGGCUUGGAACAUGGGUGACAUUUGGGGGUCAGAUUUCUGAUGAGGUAGCAGAGCAGCUAAUGACAAUAGCCUAUGAGAACGGGGUUAACCUUUUCGACACAGCUGAGGUGUACUCAGCUGGGAAAGCUGAAAUAAUUCUUGGAAAUAUCAUCAAGAAGAAAUGCUGGAGGAGAUCAAGUCUAGUGAUCACUACCAAACUUUACUGGGGAGGAAAAGCAGAAACAGAAAGGGGUCUCUCAAGGAAGCACAUUAUUGAAGGUCUUAGAGGGUCUUUACAGAGGUUACAGUUAGAAUACGUGGACGUUGUCUUUGCCAAUCGGCCUGAUAACAACACUCCAAUGGAGGAGAUUGUGAGAGCAAUGACUCAUGCAAUAAAUCAGGGGAUGUCCAUGUACUGGGGGACGUCGCGCUGGACUGCCAUGGAGAUAAUGGAGGCAUAUUCUGUUGCAAGGCAAUUUAAUCUGAUCCCUCCAGUCUGUGAGCAGGCUGAGUAUCAUUUCUUCCAGAGAGACAAAGUGGAAGUUCAGUUGCCUGAGCUGUAUCAUAAAAUUGGUGUGGGUGUGGUCUCCUGGUCUCCUCUGGCCUGUGGAAUCAUUACAGGAAAGUACGAGAAUGGCGUCCCAGAAUCCUCCAGGGCAGCAAUUAAGUCAUACCAGUGGCUGAAGGAUAAGAUAGUGAGUGAGGAUGGAAGAAAACAGCAGGCUAAGCUGAAAGAGCUGAGUCAUAUUGCAGAAAAGCUGAGCUGUACACUUCCGCAACUUGCCGUGGCUUGGUGCUUACGGAAUGAGGGAGUGAGUUCAGUUUUGCUGGGGAGCUCCAAUCCUGCGCAACUCACAGAAAACUUAGGCGCAAUACAGGUGCUUCCAAAGAUUACACCUCACAUUGCCUCAGAGAUUGACAAACUUCUGGGUAACAGACCCCACAGUAAAAAAGACUAUCACCACUGAGGAAUUCUAGGACUGAAACAGAUGCGUAUUGUUCCUGACCCGUCAGUGUGUCUCUCACCUGCAUUACUGUAUUACUGUACCAUUCCUGUUAUAUUUACAUGGCAGUAUAUUCUGCUCAUACUGUUUCAGUGUGUCUUGAGUCAGUCGACAGAACCAUGCAUGCGUACGUGUGUUAGUGAGACUGAAGAUCUAUGUGGAGGGGGGACGACACCUCAUAGAAAUAGUCUGUAUUUUAAACAUGUCCUUCUGUCUAACAAGAAUAAUAAGAAACAGUUAACGUGUGGUCAUCCCUCUUUUGUCCUUUUGAUUUAUCCGGACAUUAGAGGAUAAUUGAGUUUGAAUCAUGGUGCCUGAGGAUACAGAGUUAACAUUUAAUUAAAAUAUUUUUUUGAUAAGAUAUGGAUAAUGAUGCCUGAAGGACUACACUGUGUGAUCAAGGUUGACUGUGCAAGCUGGAACUGCAUAGACCUGAUGGACAAAUACUGUGCUUUCCAAACUGUGUGACAUUUUCCUCUUAAAAUCUUAAUAAUUUUUUUUUUCCCUCAUACCAGUGUAUGCCUGUUGACAAUUCACAGUUGUGCUGUGUUCUGUUUUACCAUAUAUGGAUAUGUACCUAUUCCAGAAAUUCUGCUAAAUUCUGCUGCUGGAUUUUAUUUAAUUGCUUUGUUUGUAAAUGAAAAUGGUCAUGCUGAUGUAUUUGCUUGUGUUUAAGCUGCUCCUGCAGAUUUCGGAUUUGGGGAAAGGUAGUAGGAUGUACACAGCAUAAUACAAAUUAUUUAAACUUGACUGUUCCAAUGAAUAGUCAAAGGGUUUACAGAUUUGUGAUAUAGGCUGUAAAGUACCUUAUUGUUCAGUUUGCUUUUAGAAAUGAAAUAAAACAGAUCCUCUACAAA